UGUUUAGAUUUAUUUGUUGAUAAGGAACAAUAUUUUAUUAAGAAAAUUAUUAAAAAUGAAAGCAACAUUAAUUUUUGAUAAUGUGAACGACUUGUUGUAUUCAAAAUGGGACGAAGAAUUCAUAGAACGGAUGAAAUCGCUGAGCGAACAGCAUAGUGACUUAGGCCUAACAGAUGGCUCUAAAGUGUCACAGCUGCUGUCUCCGAUCAUUACAUCACAGCGGGUUAUGGCUGCGCAGUUUGGGAACACAUACUCUUCCAUGCAAUGCAAAGAUGACACAACAAUCGUAUUUGAUGAGUGGUUGGACCAUAUUUUCAUGAUUAUUAGUGAGCAGUCAGUGGAUGAUGCCCAAAGAGAAAUCCUGGACCUUAAGACCUUUGUACAACACAUCUGUGGCCAAAAUAUUAAUUUACUCCAGUCUCCGGUCUACCGCAACUGGCUCUCCGUGCUAAUUGACAGCCGAACUAAAGGGGACUCUAUACCAGGAGCAACUGGAAUCAUAGGGGAGUCAGGAGCCACUGGGGCAGCGUUGAACGCGCUCAAGAGUGCUUCGAAGCAAAUAAAGGGCCAGUACCAUCUGAUGCUUUUCGUGGGGGACAAACAGCUCGCAUUAUAUUCAAGCCGUGGCACUGAAGAGCUAACACCGCCGGACCUGAUCCUGAUGAGCAUGCAAUGCAUCGCCGCGCAGGAGUACUGGGAAGAGUCCGGGAAUCAAGAAGAUGACGAAACGAUCCGGCUACCUUGGCUUUCGGAGCAGAACAGCGCAGUGGUGCAGCUGUGCGCGGGGGCGGCGCACGCGCCGUGCGCGCCGCACUCGCUGCACGUGGCGCGCGUGGCGCCGCGCCUCGUGCUGCUCGUGCUGCGGGACAUGCAGAUGAGAGAGGUGGGGAUAGCAGUAAACAUGGCGUCCCAAAUCCUGUCCAACUUGCGUAGACUGCUGUUACAGAGGAAUUUAGAGCUGUUGCCCAGCACACUCGAUGCCUUGGAAGCGGCUUUAAAAAAGACAACCGACGCCCUUCGUAAAAACAAAUCGAACGCAAAUCUUUGCGCGCGUCUAUCAAGCCGGAUGCUGGAACUGCGCAAGUCUUGCACGACCACCACUCCCCUCACACCGGAGACCACGGCCACGGCGAUGCACACCGCACUAGAAACUGUCAUAGAGCUGCUAAAACCGGAUAUACCCAGCUUGAACCUGGCGGCUCCGCUCAAAGAGGUGAAGACAGCAAUGGCGCCGUACGUCGACUUCCUCAAGAUCAAAGCUCAGCGAUACUUCAGCAUGGGAUCGGGCGGUAGUGACGCGAGUUCCCUAACGCUGCACAAGUAUGUGGAGGAGUUCCCCGGGCUCAUACACUUCGUGUACGUGGACCGCACCGCGGGCCGCUUCCUCGCGCCCGACAUGGCGGACUGUGCGGACAUGCUGGCGCCGCACACCGUGCACAGCAUAGUAUCGCGCUGCGCCGCGCUCACCCGCGAGGGCUACAGCGCGGCGACGUGGCGGCGCGGCGCGCUGCACGCGUGCGCGGUGCUGUGGUGGGAGCGGCGCGGCGCGCCCGCCCGCCCCGCGCGCGCGCCGCACCCCGCCGCCGUGCGCGCGCUGCCGCCGCCCGGAGACAUCCUCAACUCCUUCUACAGGCAACUUGUGGAGCUCGCCUUCCCAAACGAUUCCCAAGGAGUAACCAUCAAAGAACUGAUAUGUGUGCACCUAGGGCUGCUGCCCGCGACCACGGCAGUGCAGCAGGCGCGCCGGCUGGCGCACACCGUGCACGAACUGUUCACUGACAACCCUGCGACUGCUACAGACUUACUUUAAAGAAGGCCGGUAAAAACUAGACGUAAAUGGCGCUCUUGACGUUUCUAUGUACAGUAGAACCCCCCGUAACACGAUCACAUAACACGUCAAAAAUCCUCAAAACAGCCUCGCGUAAUUAAUGGACGCCCCCCCCCCCCCCAACUUGUUUUCACAAAAUGUAUAACGGUAAUCUUUCCCGCUGAUGGAACUCUUUUGACGGGAUACAUUUGAUUUUAAAAUCUUGUAAUGCGGUCAAAGCCAAUGUAGAUGGCGCCGCGCUCUAUAAUCUCAAUCUCUCUGUAAUAUUAUUAUUUUUAUUGUAUCUCUGGCCAUAGUACAAUUUUUGUAUGGUAUUCGACAAUGCCAUAGACAAUCAAAUUGGCAGUUGCCCCAUUGUUAGAUCAAAACCCAUAAAUGGGUAUGUAGGCGUUGAUUUGUUCAUAAGGUUUGAACGGUAUCAAAAAGAGAUUAAGUUCAAAAUAAGGUACAAAAUAUAUUCUCCUUGCCCAAUUAAGAUACAUUAGAUAAAUGGGCGCAUUCAUAGAUUUCUAAAUUUUUGGUCUCAUUGCGUUGAAAUCUGAGGGUCUUUUUAGUUGCCAUUUUACUUGGGUAACCCAGCCUGUUAACGCUUGACUGAAGCUGAGACAAGUCAUAGGGCUUUCACCAGCGAGUGCGAGUUCCCGAGCUUCAAUAAGAAAAGUAGAUUCACCGUGUCAAAUGCGUCUUUUACCAUCCUGAGGAGCCAUUGUGAUAAUCAGGAAUGUAUAAUUUCCAUAAUAAAACAUUGAGGCUAAACGUGCCAAAGUUUAUUACAGUACUGUCUCCAAUUUUAAACUCUGUUUGGAAUAUUUUUUCCCGAAUAUAUUUCUAUAGUAACUGUACUUAUGUUACUAUAAGUAUUGUGACUGCUUGUAGGUAUUACAUAGGUAACCUAAUAUAUUAAUUAUGGUAUUGAAUGUAUAUUUUCAUGUUUCUGUUGUGUAGUUUUUCUUAUGCAAAUGUUAUUUUGAUGACCGUAGUAAAUAAGAAUUUGUUAAUUUAUACAAUUAAGUACCUGUAUAGCGUAUAGCGAGAGAAACACAUUUAUACAGAGUGAUUUCGUUCUUUGACCAUACUUUGAAGGGUGAAUAAGUAGGUCAUACCGAACAACUUACAGUAAUCCAGGAUUACUGGGCCAGUCCCGAAAACGCAUAAAAAUGGAACUUCUGUCUCAUACAUUUCAGUGAAUAAUAUGCCAAUGUUUUAUAUCGAACAUCAAGAUUAUUUUUCCUCAAUUUCGGGUUGGCCCCAUAGUAAGGUUGUUCAGUAUAACCUAAAUAUCCCCCCUCAGAGUGUGGUUAGGUAUAACUAAAUCACCCUGUAUGAGGUUUGGUCUUACGGUCGAUAUUAGCUUUGUGUAACAUUCCUGUGCCAUUCCUUGCCAAUGUUUUUUUAGUUUUUAUACUUUAUUUAAAACUAUAAUUAAAUAAACCAAAUUCGUAUUAA